GUUGUCGUGCCUGAAGCGUCGUUGUUAGGUUUUUACAACCAUUGACAUGUCGUUAAUAAUUUUUGGCAACAAUAAAUCGGCGAAUUUAUUAUAAUGAUUUACGUUUGAUUGUAUAUAUAGAUACUGUUGAAGAUGAGCGAUUAUUUUGAAGACUUUGGAGUCACCAGUGGGUAUGCAUGUACUGCGUACAGUGAUAAACCGUAUUCCAUAUUAUAAAUCGUCUGGUGCAAACUGUUUAUUUUAUGAUCGGUAUAACACUGUACUGUUGGGACCAACCAGGUGUUCCAGAUGAUUGUGACACUCUUGAAUUUGGUUGUAACGAUGACAAUAUGAAGCCUGAGGACACAUUUUUUGAUGAUGUGAUUGGGCAUAUUGAAGAUGUGUUAGUGGACCAAGAAUUUCAAGACAUGCAGAAAUCAUUCAUGGAGAAAUAUUGGCAGGAAUUUCAUGAGGGAGAGGAAAACAAACUAUGUUACAUGGAUAUUUUUAAAGAAUAUGGAGACUUGAUUGAAAAUCAUAUCGAGAACUAUUUGGCAAACAGGAUACCACAUUUUUCCAUGCAAAAUUUUAUUGAAGAGUUGCAGAGACGAAAGUGCAACCUGGAUGGGGAAGUGUUUGAAGUAUUGUAUACCUUUACAGAUUUCAGUGCAUUUAAGGAAAUGUUCUUAGAUUAUAAGGCAGUUAAAGAAGGAACUGUGGAAAAUUUGUUAGUGACUGCAUAUGACUUGCCUUCUGCAUGAGACUGAAUUUAUUCGCACUACGUAAAUUUUUCUUUCGAAUCAUGAAUUUUGUUCCAAACAAUACUUUUUGAGAAAUAUUUUGUCAGGUAGUAUGUACCAGUGCACUAUAGACAAAUAAAAUUCUUAUUGAAACCUGUGUAAAAUACA